CGAGAAACUGGUUUUCGAUUUUUGUUUUAUUUUCCGUCAUUUAUUUUUAUUUCAUUUUUUUUUUCAAAUUUCGUCCCGUCACCCAACGCAGUAACACUUGCGUGCACUGUGUACCUCUAUAUGUGUCGUUUCCUCGUGCUAUCCGUUGCGUCCGCCGUCCCGUCAACCGUCCGUUCGUUCUUAUUUUCUUCCAGUCCGUCACUACCGUUUCGUUGGACGAUUUUCCGCUCUCUUACAAUAAUAUAUGUUGUAAUUGUAAUCAAACAUUUUCACCACCAUCCUCUGCUCUGUCCGUCCGUCGUCGAACCACUAAACGUGACACUACGAUAAUGCACCCACCGCUAACAGUUCGCCGUCGCCGUCCGUCGUUGUUCAACACUUGAAUAUCCGUAUAGGAUGAUGGCCAACAAAGACGAUUUAGAUGACUGUGACAUCAUCAAACAGGGUCUGAUGGUGAAACGGUCACAAAACAAAAAGCGUUUCAUGCCCAUUAACUACAAACAGAGAUGGUUCGUCUUAACUACCAAGAACUUCAUUUAUUACGAAUCCGAAUCUGAAGAAAUUAUUGAAAGAAGCUCACUGCCGUGUCUCCAUAACAUACAUCAACUGCUUAACAGGCGUAAAAAAGAACGAGGUCGAAUAAAAUUAUCAUCAAUAACUGUGAUUGAAACCGCAACAAUAACUUCAUCACCGAUAAUUUUAUCUCAAGAUACUACUAAUAACGAUGGUGAAAAUGGGUAUGCGUUUCAAAUAUCGUAUAGCGAUGGAAAUGAACAACAAUAUACACUAUAUUUAAUCACUCAAAAAGUUCAAGAACGAUCUGAUUGGAUAAGAACUUUAAGAGCUGUGUGCACCGAUAAUUUGGGGAAAAAUGAAAAAUAUCAUGCAUCAAUUUGGGGUGGCAAAAAAUGGCAAUGUUGUCGAGCUCCAACACGCAUUGCUGAAGGCUGCGAACCAUGUUCCGAGUGGAACAAAUCUCCGCCUGAUUCGCCUAUUAUAAAAAAUGGCGAUAAUAAUAGUCCAAUUUUAGCGUUAACAGCCAGUCCAAUAAUGCCUGGUGGAACACCUACUGCUAAGUUAAAAGAUCAAGUACCAAGGAUUAAGGUGGUGACUGCACUCUAUCCUUUUAAAGCUAUUGAACCAGGAGACUUAACUUUAGUUAAAGGAGGUGAAUAUGAGGUCAUUGAUGAUUCUCAAGAUCAUUGGUGGAAAGUGAGAGAUGAGCAUGGUGCUAUUGGCUACAUUCCUAGUAAUUAUGUAAAAGAAAAAGAAUUUCUUGGUCUUCAAAAAUAUGAGUGGUAUGUUGGUGAUAUGUCAAGGCAGAGAGCCGAAUCUCUUCUCAAACAAGAAGAUAAAGAAGGUUGUUUUGUUGUUAGAAACUCUUCAACCAAAGGUCUUUAUACACUUUCACUCUUCACAAAAGUACCACAUUCUCACGUUAAACAUUACCAUAUUAAACAAAAUAGUCGAGGAGAUUUUUUCUUAAGUGAAAAACAUUGCUGUUCAACUAUUCCAGAACUAAUAAACUAUCAUCGCCAUAAUAGUGGUGGAUUAGCAUCACGUUUAAAAGCCUCUCCUUGUGAUCGCCCUGUUCCUGCUACAGCUGGUCUUAGUCAUGACAAAUGGGAAAUAGAUCCUGCAGAACUUAUGUUAUUGGAAGAACUUGGAUCAGGCCAAUUUGGUGUAGUGCGCCAUGGAAAAUGGAAAGGAUCCAUUGAUACAGCAGUCAAGAUGAUGAAGGAGGGAACUAUGUCAGAAGAUGAUUUUAUUGAAGAAGCUAAAGUUAUGACGAAACUCCAGCACCAAAAUCUAGUCCAACUUUAUGGAGUUUGUAGCAAGCAUCGUCCAAUUUAUAUAGUUACCGAAUAUAUGAGACAUGGGUCAUUACUGAACUAUCUUAGGCGACAUGAAAAUAGUUUAGGUGGAAACAAUGGCUUAUUGCUUGACAUGUGUAUUCAAGUAUGCAAAGGAAUGGCAUAUUUAGAACGUCAUAAUUAUAUUCAUCGUGAUCUUGCUGCCAGAAACUGUUUAGUGGGCUCUGAAAAUGUUGUAAAAGUUGCAGAUUUUGGAUUAGCUAGGUAUGUCCUGGAUGAUCAAUAUACCAGUUCUGGUGGUACUAAAUUUCCUAUUAAAUGGGCUCCCCCUGAAGUGUUGAACUAUACAAGAUUUUCUUCUAAAUCUGAUGUUUGGGCUUAUGGCGUUUUAAUGUGGGAAAUAUUCACAUGUGGUAAAAUGCCUUAUGGACGACUUAAAAACACUGAAGUAGUUGAUCGUGUACAAAGAGGCAUAAUUUUGGAAAAACCAAAAAUGUGUUUCAAAGAAGUUUAUGAGGUCAUGCGUAAGUGUUGGAGUCAUUGUCCAGAAGAUCGUCCAUCCUUUAGAUUAUUAAAAGAUCAACUAGCUGUCAUAUCUCAAGGCUUACUGGCAGAUUGACGUGUUAUGCAACAAUCUUGCAAUUGUGCUAUUUGCUUGUUGAUUGACAUUGGUUAUGAGCCACUCAUAAAAUUGUGUCAGAUUGUACUUGAAAAAAAUCGCCAUGACAUUGUUUAAUUUGACAGUUAAGUAUUAUAUUUAGUUGUCAGAAAAUAAUCAGUGAGUUUAUCUACAUAUUAUUGAUCUCGAACUCUGCUAUAAGUUUUGUAUAACACUUAAGUGCCGUUGUAUAUUAUAUAAGUUAUUAUUCUAAUAUUGACAUCAACUGAAACUUCCUUUUUAUAUAAAUUAUUUAUUGAGUAACCUUGAACAAUUAUAAUUAAUAAGGUGUUCAUUUUGUACAGGGUUAUUUAUCCAAAAUUAAUUUUUU